AUGUCUCUAGUCAAACGAAGAAAAGUCAGGAACUUUGCACUCCUGUUUUGUGGCGUUACCUUUACAAUGCUCUUGUUUAGUUACACUUUCAGGGACCCAUCGCUCUAUAUCUUCAAGCACGCGUUUCAGCUUUCAGACAGCUUUUUCUCCAAAGGGUUGUGUGCCUGUCGGCAGUGCAUAGCAGAGCAAGAAGGGGACCCGUGGUUUGCUGAACGCUUCAAUCAGUCCAUCCACCCUCUGAUGACCAAAGAGAACAGCGUCCUCUCUGAAGAGACCUUUAGGUGGUGGCAGUGGUUACAGGCAGAGAGGCAGCCGGCCAAUUUCAGUGAAGUUGUAGAGGAGCUGUUCAAAGUCAUCCCUGAUGAGGUGCUUUAUGCCGACGCUGGCCCUGACCGCUGCAGAACCUGCGCCGUGGUGGGGAACUCUGGGAACCUGAAGGGUUCACAUUAUGGGGGACUCAUUGACUCCAGUGAUUUCAUUAUCAGGAUGAACCAGGCUCCUCGAAGUGGCUUUGAGGAAGAUGUAGGAAUGAAAACAACUCAUCAUCUCAUGUACCCAGAAAGUGCCAUAGACCUGGACAAUGCCACUAGUCUGGUGCUAAUCCCUUUCAAGACUCUGGACCUGCAGUGGAUUAUUAGUGCUCUGACCACAGGCACUAUUAAACAGACAUAUUUACCUGUUAUGUCUACAGUAAAGGCAAACAAAAAUAAGGUGUUGAUUUACAAUCCAACAUUUUUAAAAUACGUCUAUGAAUCUUGGCUUGAAGGUCAUGGACGGUAUCCUUCAACCGGCUUCCUCAGCUUGCUUUUUGCUGUCCAUUUAUGUGAUGAGGUCAACGUGUUUGGAUUUGGUGCAGACCAGUACGGGAACUGGCAUCACUACUGGGAGGAAAACCAUUUGGCUGGAGCUUUCCGACACACGGGAGUCCAUGACGGAGAUUACGAAUACAAUGUCACCUUGCUGCUGGCAGACAAGCAUAAAAUCCAUAUGUUUAAAGGGAGAUGA